GUCUUAUAGUCAAACGCACGUAGCGUUUGAUACACGCGCUCGUGUCUGCCAGCUAUUGUGGUAACAGAAAAUUCGCGUUGGUAGCAGUCAGAGGAGCUCUAUAGUCGGACGUGGUUUAGUCUCGGUCCGUACGCGAGCGGCGACGGUUCGCAACUCGAACAUCGAAAUUUAUUCGUGUCGGUGAAUUGUGGCAGAUUUAGAAGAGAUUUUCGCUGAUAAAAGCCAGAAUAUCAAACAGCUAUGGUUAAAGCGUACAACGGCGCGUUGGUCCUUGCGGACGUCUUGUUACUUAUUCUGAAGAUCCUAUACUACAUUUGCGAGAGCGUGUACAGAUUUUUCGUUCCACCAGAAGAGAAAAGCGUGGCCGGUGAGAUCGUUUUGAUAACAGGCACUGGCCAUGGUAUUGGAAAAGAGUUGGCCCUUCGCUAUGCAUCGCUGGGCGCAACGGUGGUCUGCUGGGACGUGAAUCAAGAAUCAAAUGAAGAAACGGUGAACGAGAUAAAGAAAACUGGAGCAACCGCAGCAUAUGCGUAUCAAUGCGACGUGUCGAAGAGAGAAAACGUCUUUAGCGUAGCUGAAAGAGUCAAGAAGGAAGUCGGCGACGUGACUAUUUUAGUUAACAAUGCUGGUAUAAUGCCUUGCCACGCGUUUCUCGAUCACACGCCGGACGAAAUUAGACGAAUCUUCGACAUUAAUGUGAUGGCCCAUUUCUGGAUGCUACAAGUAUUUCUACCAAGCAUGAUCGAGAAAAAUCAUGGCCACGUAGUUGCGCUCUCUUCACUGGCUGGAAUCGGUGGCCUUCCAAAUUUAGUUCCCUACUGCGCUUCGAAAUUCGCAGUUAGAGGACUCAUGGAAUCGAUCAGCGAGGAACUACGGGUAUCCAGCAAAGGAAAAUCCUUGAUUAAAUUCACUACCAUUUAUCCAUACAUGGUAGAUACUGGACUUUGCAAGAAACCAAAAGUAAAGUUCCCGAAUGCCCUGCCGUUGGUUUCACCGGAGCAAGCAGUCACACAAAUAAUUCAAGCGCAGAGGCGCAACUACCGCGAAAAAUCUGUGCCUCCAUUCUGGUUGUCAACCAACACGAUAGUAAGGUAAAUAAAUCCGAGAUUAUCUAAAGUAGACAUAGAAAUGUA